AUGACUACCAUUCUACCGGUUCACCUCUCCACCCUAUCCCUUGACUUCCUCCAAGCCGUGUUGAAGGAGACGAGAUCCGUGGUGCAACGGAUCAUAUUAGCAUGUCUCAUUGUUCUGAGCAUUCAGGAGAAGAGUGUCACGCUCACCGCCGUCUCUGCUCGCUACCUCCUGUGGCGCGACCGCCAAGGCCGCACCGGUGCAACUGUCACCAUCGGCGCGCUGCCCACCUUCGUGUACGGGAAAAUAAGGGAGGAACACUCACGUCCGUGGCGACGUGGAGGCGGCGGCGGCAGCCAGGGCGGUGUGACUGGCCGCGAUGGAAGGAUGGCGACAGGCAGCGCGUCCGCGGCAGACCAAACGGCCUGCUGCAGCUCCGGCACCACCAUCGGGCUCAUCGGCGUCUUCCUCUUCUUGAUCGUCGUUUACGUCGUCAUCCACUACACCCGCUGCCUGGAAUUGGAACCCGACGGCCGCUGGCAUGACCGGCAGAAGCCCGGGCUCGAUCCCUCCGCCAUCGCCGCCCUCCCCUCGUUCGCCUACCGAAGAGGCGCCGACGGGAGGAGCGGUUCCGAGGAGUGCUGCAUCUGCCUAAGUGUGGUGGAGGAGGGGGAGGUGGUGAGGGUGCUGCCGAGCUGCGACCACAGAUUCCAUGCGGCGUGCGUCGACUUGUGGCUGCAGGUUCACCGGACGUGCCCGUUGUGCCGGGCCGACGCAGCGCCAGCGAGGGCGGUCGAAGGGGUGAAAACAGCUGAUGUAGCUGGUGCACCGCCAUCUCCGGCGCCACCGUCGGAGCUUCAUGCUGUUGUGUUGGUGAUGGAUGUAGGAGAGUCAUCGGCCUCUCAGCCCAUGAGGUAGGAAAGAAGCUUACGUGCAAGGAGAUGGAGUUAACACACACAUGAUCUUUAGAUCUCUUUCUUCUUGUUUAUCA